CCUCUGGCUGGGUUGAGGAGUUCCCAGCAGACACCGCGCCGCGGCUGCGCAGUACAAGGGAGGCUUUUAAUUCCAUUGUGGAGAGGACGGCGUUAUUUUUAUUAACUGGAGGCGACGGCGGCUGCGGCGGCGGCGGUACCCCCAGGCCUCCUCCGGGGUAUGAAAAUCGGCAGUGGGUUCCUGAGUGGCGGCGGUGGUACCGGCAGUAGCGGUGGUAGCGGCUCCGGCGGCGGUGGUAGUAGCGGCAGCGGCAGCAGCAGGAGGGCAGAGAUGGAACCCACCUUUCCCCAGGGUAUGGUUAUGUUCAACCACCGGCUUCCCCCGGUCACCAGCUUCACCCGGCCGGCGGGGUCGGCCGCCCCUCCCCCGCAGUGCGUGUUAUCCUCCUCUACCUCCGCAGCCCCGGCCGCUGAGCCCCCCCCUCCGCCAGCCCCGGACAUGACUUUCAAGAAGGAGCCGGCGGCGUCAGCCGCGGCCUUCCCCUCGCAGAGGACCUCCUGGGGAUUCUUGCAGUCUUUGGUUAGCAUCAAACAGGAGAAACCCGCAGAUCCGGAGGAGCAGCAGUCCCACCACCAUCAUCACCACCACCACCACUAUGGGGGGCUGUUCGCUGGGGCUGAAGAGAGAUCUCCAGGCCUAGGAGGUGGGGAUGGGGGGAGCCACGGCGUCAUCCAGGACCUCAGUAUUCUCCACCAGCAUGCCCAGCAGCAACCAGCCCAGCACCACCGCGACGUAUUGCUCAGCAGCAGUAGCAGGACUGAUGACCACCAUGGCAGUGAGGAGCCAAAGCAGGACACUAAUGUCAAAAAGGCAAAGAGGCCAAAGCCAGAAUCUCAGGGAAUCAAAGCCAAGAGGAAGCCAAGUGCAUCUUCCAAACCUUCUUUGGUUGGAGAUGGAGAAGGUGCCAUCCUCUCCCCAAGUCAGAAACCUCAUAUCUGUGAUCACUGUAGUGCUGCUUUCAGAAGCUCCUAUCACCUGCGGAGACAUGUCCUCAUUCAUACUGGAGAAAGACCUUUCCAGUGCAGCCAGUGUAGUAUGGGUUUCAUUCAGAAAUACCUACUGCAGAGACAUGAGAAAAUUCAUAGUAGAGAGAAGCCAUUUGGAUGUGAUCAGUGCAGCAUGAAGUUUAUUCAGAAGUACCAUAUGGAGAGACACAAGAGGACACAUAGUGGAGAAAAGCCAUAUAAAUGUGACACUUGCCAACAGUAUUUUUCAAGGACUGAUAGACUGUUGAAGCACAGGCGCACAUGUGGUGAAGCCAUAGCUAAAGGAGCCGCUAGUGCAGAACCUGGGUCAUCAACCCAUAACAGUAUGGGUAAUCUGGCUGUGUUGUCUCAGGGAAAUACAAGUUCUUCAAGGAGAAAAACGAAGUCAAAAAGCAUAGCUGUUGAAAAUAAGGAACAUAAGACUGGUAAAACAAAUGAAUCACAAAUUUCAAAUAAUAUAAACAUGCAGAGUUACUCAGUAGAAAUGCCUACUGUGUCUUCCAGUGGAGGCAUAAUUGGCACUGGUAUUGAUGAACUACAGAAAAGGGUGCCAAAAUUGAUCUUUAAGAAAGGAAGCAGAAAGAAUACAGAUAAAAACUACCUUAAUUUUGUGUCACCAUUACCAGACAUAGUUGGACAGAAGUCCUUGUCUGGGAAACCAAGUGGCUCACUUGGCAUAGUAUCGAAUAAUAGUGUGGAGACCAUUAGUCUUCUCCAAAGUACCAGUGGCAAACAAGGUCAAAUAAGUAGUAAUUAUGAUGAUGCCAUGCAGUUUUCAAAGAAAAGAAGAUAUUUACCAACUGCCAGCAGCAACAGUGCCUUUUCUAUAAACGUAGGACACAUGGUCUCCCAACAGUCCGUCAUUCAGUCUGCAGGUGUCAGUGUUUUGGACAAUGAGACCCCAUUGUCCCUUAUUGACUCCUCAGCUCUAAAUGCUGAAAUUAAGUCUUGUCAUGACAAGUCUGGAAUUCCUGAUGAGGUUUUACAAAGUAUUUUGGAUCAAUACUCCAACAAAUCAGAAAGCCAGAAAGAGGAUCCUUUCAAUAUAACGGAACCACGAGUGGAUUUACACACCUCAGGAGAACACUCAGAAUUGGUUCAAGAAGAAAAUUUGAGCCCAGGCACCCAAACACCUUCAAAUGAUAAGGCAAGCAUGUUGCAAGAAUACUCCAAAUACCUCCAACAGGCUUUUGAAAAAUCCACUAAUGCAGGUUUUACUCUUGGACACGGUUUCCAGUUUGUCAGUUUGUCUUCACCUCUCCACAACCACACUUUAUUUCCAGAAAAACAAAUAUACACUACAUCUCCUUUGGAGUGUGGUUUCGGCCAAUCUGUUACCUCAGUGUUGCCAUCUUCAUUGCCAAAGCCUCCUUUUGGGAUGUUGUUUGGAUCUCAACCAGGUCUUUAUUUAUCUGCUUUGGAUGCUACACAUCAGCAGUUGACACCUUCCCAGGAGCUGGAUGAUCUGAUAGAUUCUCAGAAGAAUUUAGAGACUUCGUCAGCCUUCCAGUCCUCAUCUCAGAAAUUGACUAGCCAGAAGGAACAACAGAAAAAUUUAGAGUCCUCAACAAGCUUUCAGAUUCCAUCUCAGGAGUUAGCUAGCCAGAUAGAUCCUCAGAAAGACAUAGAGCCUAGAACAACGUACCAGAUUGAGAACUUUGCACAAGCGUUUGGUUCUCAGUUUAAGUCGGGCAGCAGGGUGCCAAUGACCUUCAUCACUAACUCUAAUGGAGAAGUGGACCAUAGAGUAAGGACUUCAGUGUCAGAUUUCUCAGGGUAUACAAAUAUGAUGUCUGAUGUAAGUGAGCCAUGUAGUACAAGAGUAAAGACACCCACCAGCCAAAGUUACAGGUAAGGUCCCAAAAGUGACCUGGCUGGAGGUCUAAUGUAAUUUUGUUUUAUUUUGAGAACACUGCCAUUGGAAUGUUUCUACACGAUCCUAUUAAGAAUAAUGUAAUGCCCUUUCAAUGCAACUUUUCAUAUUUAGUUUAUUUUGUUAGCGUGAUUUUAGCUCUGUUUGUAUUAUGAUUUUUAAUCAAAAUCAAUAGAUUAAAGAUAGUUUGACAUUCAAAGUGACAAUGUUUAGCAAUCAAAUUUACAUGUAUAGAUCGUCAGGGAAUAGCCCAAGAGUUUUAAAUGCAAAAAAAACCACAAAAAAACCAAAAAAAACCCAAAAAACAAAAAAAAACCCUACCAAAAAAAAACAAAACAAAAAACACACAAAAAAAAAACUUUGUUGCUAGGAUUAAGGUUAUUCUAAUUGCUUUACUCUCAGGAAAGUGUAAUAACGCAUGGGAAUUCUGUACGUUAUCACUGUAAUGGAAUAUCCAAUUUACAGAUAGUAUGAUAUACAUUUCAUCAUUUAAGUAAGGGAUCGAAAACAUUUCAAAUUGCUCUAUCUGGGCUGAUAUACAUUUCAUCAUUUUUAAGUAAGGGAUCGAAAACAUUUCAAAUUGCUGUCUCCAUCUAGGCUGAUCCAAAAUUCUGAGAUGUUGGCUACCUGUAUUUUGUUGCAGCUUUUAAAUGUACUCUGACCUUCCAAACCAUUCAUUCCAGCCUGGUAGAACAAAUAUUCUUGGAUCUUUGAUCAAAGCCUGGAAUGAUAGCUUUAAUAAAAGAAGAAAAAAAAAUAGCACCCU